AUGUUCAACUCAUCGGCAGCUCAUUUAUUCAUUGACAUCCCAAUCGAAGUCUUUCAUUGUCAAAUUUUCAUUCAUUUCGAAUAUUCUUGGGUGUAUCGAGUAUUCCGUUUAAUUUGUCGACAAUGUAAUUGUAUUGCCACAGGAACAUCAACGAAUUACUCGUUCGGAAAUGAAUUACAUGUGUAUUUGCGAAAUGACAUACAUAGGACACGACGAUUCGUCGAAUGCUGUGAGAAGGGAUAUUUUCAACAUGUCAACGGGUUGAAAAUUUUUGGAGGACAAGAAUUAUCUCAAUUCUCAAAAGACAUGGACUUGGAGGAUGAACUACUACACACAAACGAAGAAGAAUUUGCAACGAGAUUAGAUCGAUAUCUUAAUUGUUUUCCCAAUUUACAAAAAUUAGAAUUGGCAAAGAGAUACUUUGAUCAUUCUGUUGUGAAGGGAAUGGCAAGCUUUCAAAAUUUGAAAAGUUUAACACAUUUGGAUCUGUCGUCGGCACAAGUACAUGACAAAUCCAUUCAAAUAAUUGCGUCAAAUCCAUUGUUUUCAAAUUUAACAUUUUUAAAUUUGAGUCAAACAAAGACCUCCAUUGUGAGUGUACAGAGCAUUUGUUCAUCGCCUUACAUGUCAAAUUUAAAGGAAUUACAAUACUCUCGGUGCAGAAUGGGAGACGUUCUUCUUCAUGACAUUUCACAAAGCAUGUUUUUGAAAAAUUUGACAUCUCUACACGUGUCAGGAAAUAACAUUACAUCUAGUGGUGUGAAAUACAUUGGCAAGAGUUCAGUAUUUAACAACCUGACCUGUCUCCAUAUCGAUAUCAAUGAAAUUUCAGAGGAUGGUAUUGUCUAUUUGGCAUCUUGUGAAAAUUUAUCAAAUGUUGAGACAUUCAAUUUCGAGUUUAACAUAUCAAACGGAACCCAUUCCAAUUUAAUCGCGACCAUUUUAAACGGACCAAUGAAAAAGCUCAAACGUGUUAGGUUCUCGUCGAAAGGGUUGAGUGACAUUGAAAAAUUAGUCGCUUGUAAGAAUAUUACCUCAUUGAAGUCGCUCAACCUAAUGUGUGGCUCUAUUACAGAUGAUGAAUGGAAAUUAAUAACCAAUUGUUCAGGUCUCUCAAAUUUGGAAGCACUACAGCUUGAUUGUACACAUAUUACAAAUCUCACACCAUUGGCCACUAGUGAGUACAUUAAGAACCUCACCUCUUUGGAGAUUUCUGGUAAUUACGCCUUUAAGGAAAGUGCAUUCAUAGAGCUCACAAAAGAAUUUCCAAAACUUAAACAAUUAUGCAUUUCGGAUUAUCGUCACUCAAUUACCAUUGACACUGUAUUACAUGCUCUCGAACAUCAUUUACAAUGCUUAGAAACGUUAACGAUGAGAUGUAUUGAUUUUGUCUCGUGUGAAAAGGUCGAACAAUUUGCCUCUCUCGAUUCAGCCUCAAAACUCGUCUCUUUAUGUGUGACACUCAAGAAAGGAUUCAUUCCUUACUUGUUUGGAAAGGCAUCCAAACUUGAAAAUUUAACUCGCCUCUGCAUUCUAGAGCCACCCAUUGAAUUGGAUGAUGCUCAUGCUCUCGCUUCAACUCCACUUCUUUCUCAACUAACGCAUUUGCAACUACCUGGAUUUUAUGGUUCACGUAUAGCGAAUGUGAAAAAACAGGUCACUCAAAUACUAGAGAAGAGUCCCUAUCUGUACAAGGUUAAUGGAGGUGAGAAAAAUCAAUUUGAGAGCGCCUUUUGGUAA